AGCUGCAACCGGCAGGAGAGACAAGAGUCUCCUUCUCAUUUUGAUUUCCUAUAUCUCCUUCCGCGUCUUACAAGUUUGAACACUUUUUCGGACUCCGUCGUUGUGUUACACAAAAAUUCCAGUUGUGUUUAAUCAAGUGUCGUGCCGACCGAUUUGGAUAAGUUUUUUAUUUUUACCCGCCAUUUGAUUCAAAAAACGGAUGAUCAGUGAACUUUUAGGCCUCCGGUGUGCAUGAAAAAUCGUGAAAUUACAUAACAUCGACAUGAUGUUGUCGUCUGCGUCGUCAGUGGGCGCCGGCACGGGAUCUUCUUCGGCGUCCAAUUCGGCCUCGUCCAACAUGCAACAUCAUCACCCGUUCUUUGAUCACCAUCAGAGCCAUCACCAUCACCACGCCUAUUAUCGGCACCAUCACGCGGCGGCGGCCGCAGCAGCCGCAGCCGCCGCAGCCGCCGUCGUCGCCGUUGGCGUCCAAUCCAGCGGCAGCAACGGCGGAAGCGCUGCUAAUAGCGGUGGAUCUUCAUCUCACAAUAACCAGACGACAUCGUGCCAAUCGCCGGCCCUGUCCACUUCGGCCGGCUCGACGGGUGGCGGUGCCAAUUCGGCCGGUUACGUCACAGGUAUCAACGGAAACGCCGGUUACGAUUACGCGGCGGCCAUGAGUCGUUACAAUCCGUACGCGGCCGGCUCGGCGGCGUCGGCUUACAUUGGAAAUGCGCCAGGAUCGGCGGGCGGAGGAUCGUCUUCGGUCAUGUCUCACCACUCGGGCGUCGUUGGCGUCAAGGACAUGGUGAAACCGCCGUAUUCCUACAUCGCCCUGAUCGCCAUGGCCAUCCAGAGCGCUGCUCCCGAGAAGAAGAUCACGCUGAACGGGAUCUACCAGUUCAUCAUGGAUCGUUUCCCAUACUACCGGGAGAACAAGCAAGGCUGGCAGAAUUCCAUCCGCCACAAUUUGUCGCUCAACGAAUGUUUCGUCAAAGUGCCCAGGGACGACAAGAAGCCCGGCAAGGGAUCCUACUGGACCCUGGAUCCUGAUUCGUACAACAUGUUCGACAACGGCUCCUAUUUGAGGAGGCGACGCCGUUUCAAGAAGAAGGACGUCCUGAGAGAGAAAGACGGGCCGGGCGAGACGGCCAUCGCUUUGUCGUCGUCAUCUUCUUCAUCCUCUUCGGCCAGCAAGAAGCAACAACAGUUGCAACAACAGCAGCAACAACAUCAGAUGCACCAGCAGCAGCAAUUGGAUCACCAGCACCAGCAGUACGGGCAACACCAGCAGCAACAACAACACCAACAACAACAACAACACCAGCAAAUGAUGGAGAGUAUGGAGUCGAAGCCUCUGCUGAUGGACGUGGCCGCCGAUUUGCGAUUGCAUCACCACCAUCCGGCCUCGACGGCCUAUUCGUACAAUCCCAUUUCCAGCAUGAUCCACUCUCAGCUGUACGCGGCGGCUCAGGCGGCCCAGCAGGCUGCCGCUGCCCAGCAGCAAGUAGCCGCCAGCGGCGGUGGUGGUGGUGCCGUUAUUUCCAGCAUGUCGCCGGAACUGGUCGGCCGGAAAUUGAAAUGCGAACCGGACGACGAGUCGGAAGAAAUGGAAGACGGAGGGGCGGGGGAUGGAAUGGUUGCCAUGGCGAUGGAUCACCACCACCACCAACACAUCAGCAGCAAAUACGGCAACGUCAUGAUGGAAGCGACGCCCGUCGAUUACGGAAUCAAACAUCACGCAUCCGCAUCAUCUGCUGGAGUCGGUGUUGCUAAGAUGUUUUACGACCAAUCCAGUCACGGAUGCACUUCCAUGGGACCCGAGAUGAAUCCGUCGGCCAACAACACCUUCACCGUUGAAAGUCUCAUGCAGUUGCAACAACAACAACAGCAGCAACAACACCAGGACCAGCAACAACAGCAACAACAACAGAAUCACCAGCAUUACGUCAAUCACUUGCAUCACCACCACUCGCAUCACCAUCCGGCGGCGGCCGUUGCGGCCAGUCUGGGUCUGCCGUAUCCGGCGGCUGCAGCGGCUGCGGCUCUUUACGGCCAGCAACAACAACAACAACAGCAGCAACAACACGUCACUCAUUACGGCCAUUCGUCGUCGUCAUCUUCCAUGUCGUCGUCGUCGUCCAUGUCGUCGUCAUCAUCAUCGCCGUACGCAUCCGCCAAUCAGCACCAACACAAUCCGCCAGCGCAUCCGCAGGAAGAAAUUCCGGCGGAAUCGUCAGCCAGUGCCACCGGCACAAUGAAUCACCAACAACAGCAGAUAUCGGCUGGAUCACCGCCGUCAUGCCUGGCCGAUUAUUCGCCAUCGCCGGCCUCUUCGUCACGUUCGCUGGGCAGCAAUCCGGGCAGUUGGUACUCGCCAACGCCCACAGCUCCUCCGCCUCCGCCUCCUCUUCCGGCGACAGCCGCAGGAGCCCAGCAGCAACACAUGACAACUUCACCAACGUUGCCGGACGCUUCUCCCAGCCUUCCGGCUGAAUCCAGCAGUCCGUAUUCGAUCCAGAGCGGUGGUGGCAGAGAUUCGACGGUAGUUUACCCUGGCGAUAACAGGAAUCCCGUCGUUUCCAGCGCUUCAGCUUCAGCUUCAGCUUCUAGCAGCACGACGCGACCCUCGGCCGGCGGCCAUCUGCUCUCCGUCGCUCACUGCCUGCAGCAACGUCAGAGCUCGUCUAGCAACAACAGCAGCAGCAGCAGCCGAAGUAGCGGCAGCAGCAGCAGCCACCCGUCGUCCUCCUCUUCCAUUCAUCCGUCAUCUCCUUUAAUUCCUUCCGCUUCUUCAGCAGCAGGAGCAGCCACCGUCUUGUCGACGACGGCGUCGACAGCGUCGCCGCUCUCGUCGUCGGCUGCCGUGGCCGCCGCAGCCGCAGCCGCCGCCGCAUCGUCGUCCAUCUCCAGCCUCAGUUUGAUGACUUCGGCCAUGUUUAGAGCUGGAAAUCACCAUCCUUUUAGUCUCUAUCACCACUCGCCCGAUUGCCACAAAUAUUGACCUCAUAUCCACCACCCCACCCAAAUUCGCAGUCAUUUGAUUCAACUCAAAUAUUAUAUCCCGCGCGCGCGCGACAUAAAAUUACGUCAUUUGAAUUCGUUCAAUUUGAUUCUUGACCGACUGGAUAUUAUUGCGCACCCCACAAUCUUCUUGGAAUAAGACAAUUAUAAUAUCCUUAUUAUCAAUGUGUACGUGUCAGACUUAUAAUACGCUAAAUGUGAAACUAUUUACUCUUAUUGAUAUACGUAAUUAACUAUACGAUGUUGACUGAUGCUAUUUUCCCCUGCCCCGCGCUUUGAUGGUGAACAGUUCAUCAAUGAUGGAUGGUCAAUGUCUAGCCUGAUUUUUACAUGGUUGUGGUUGUGUUUUUUCGCCCCAUUUUAUUUCUGUGUUUUACAUUUGUUUUUCAUUUUUUAAUUCGACAGUUUUGAACAUUUUUGCUGGGCCCCUUUUUUCUCAUUUCUCGUCUCAUUCAUUCUCGACUGAAACGACAUAACUUUUUUUCUGUAUAUUUAGCCGAAUAUCUAUUAGGAUGAUAUGAUGUAUUAGCCGCCACGUCGUCUCAAUAUACCCAUUACAUAGCUGUA